CCAUUCUGUAUUGCAAAGAUUUGAACUAUCCUCGGCUGCUUCUUCAAAGACUUCAACACUGCAAUCAUACUGUAUUGAUCGUACCACACCCCACGACUCCAUUUCCCGGAUCACACUCAUCAACGCAAGAAGUGAAAUCGCAAAAAUGGCUCUCACACCUCGAAUGGAACCCUACGCCCGCCUCCGUUUCCGUCUCUACGAGGCUCUCGUCCUUCUUUCCAUCAUCCGUCCCAUCGGCGGCCCACAUAUCGUCUCCCAGCUCGGGACGUACACCACGCAAGGUGUUCAAAGACGUUUCUUCAAAAACCUGGCAUUUCUCUGCGAUUACAAGAAGGGAGGAAGUACCGCCACUGCCAUCGCCGUCGAGGACUGUUAUGACUGCUACGUCUUCUGGGUUGCUUCAAACGAGGGCGCUGGAGAUAAAGUAGUGGAUUUCCUCGAAGAUGUACUCAAGAUCUUGCGCAUGUUUUGUGAAUCAAUCAACGAUAUGGAUCGCGCCACGGCGGAGGAGGCAUUGUUAGUUCGAUGUACUGCGUUGGCCUCCGAUCGCCUACGACAGGAAGCCAGAAUUCUUCGUAAUUCUGCUAGAAAGUGCCGUCUUUCUCUGGAAAACAGCGAUGAAGAGAUCGAUGCCCGGGUUGUCAAGUGGCUCCAACAAUUUGAGAGUAUGUCUCCCUUCACUACUCUGUGUCGGACAGCAUACCGCUCGCGAAACGUCGAGGAGAUGCGGCGCAUUGAGCAGCUGGGCCAGGGGACCGAAGGUGACCCUCGUCCGGAAGAUCUCAUCAAGGCCUUUCGGACAGUCAGACACAUGAUCGGCCGUCUAGCAGCCCGUGUCCGCAAUGUCAACCAGCUCCUCGAUGACUCCGGCCGUGUAGAGACACUUCUUAAAGCCUUCCAAGUUGCGGCGGUUCAACGUCCCGUCAGCGCGUCGGUGCCAGAAGCGGAUGCGCAUACGACGUUACCACGUAUCCUGAACCGCAUUCUACCAGAGGCAGAUGUCCAGCACGAAUCGUGCCUGGGCGUCCUUCGGCGACUGGAUACCCAAGUCAAGAUCGAAGGCCAACUGCAGGACAAGUUCACAGCAGGCGGGCUUCACCCGUGUGUUCACGCAGAGGUUCAGAUACUUCACCACUUCUACGACAGCGGAAGGAGGUAUGUCUCGAAUGACCGGUACAUCGCCUGCAGCAAGCCAGCGUGCGUCGGCUGCGAGUCUUAUGCUCGUCACCAUCCCGCUAGGAUCACUCUGCUUGACGCCCAUCAGAAAGUGUACCCAAGUUGGGGAAUUGUGAAUUUGGUGGGCGGAAAGCAGAACCCUGGCUGGAUCAAUCAGCGGAAGAUCAUCAACGAUGUUAUUGGGGACUUGAAGGGUAUGGUGAUUGCCAGGUUGGGAGAGUUGCAUGCGGCUACGGUGCAACAUCCGGACUCGCUGACUGAGAUCACUGCGUCGUCUUUGGUUGAUGUGAGAGAUUCAGGCUCGGAGACGGAGGAAGCAGAUGAUAGUGACGCCGGUCCAUCUAGUGAAGUUUUCAGCUUGGACAGCGCUAUCGAACUACUGGAUCUAUCAACCGAGUCCCAAGGGGUGGUUCAGAUGGAACAUGGAUCUGGGGACAUUGACAGUUUCGAGAACGGUAGUACGGUCCAAGAUAAUGAAGGCGAAGAUGAUGAUGGCGGCGGUGCUCAGCUUUGA